UUCUGGAAGGUGUCAGGACGCACGCUUGUCCUCAUCCUCUGCUCCUGGUGUGGCUUUUAGAUGGGUGGGGCUCCUUGUGAGGGCAAGUUUCCUUAUCGCCUGUGAGUCGAGAGGAAAGUCUUGGUGGUAAGGUUGAAGCCUGAGCCGGUGGUAACUCUCUUGGAGCGCAAGGUAUACCCUCUAUCACCUUCUGAACAAUGGGACUCCUGCAGCUGCUGAAAUCCCAGUUCCUGUGCCACCUGAUCAUCUGCUAUGUGUUCCUGGUCAGCGGCCUCAUCAUCAACCUGCUGCAGCUCUGUACGUUGCCUGUGUGGCUGGUCAACAAGCAGCUGGCCCGCAGGAUCAACGUCAGGCUGGGGUACUGCAUUUCUAGCCAGAUGGUUGCUGCCUUGGAGUGGUGGUCUGGGACUGAAUGCACUCUCUACACAGACCCAAAGACUUAUCCACUUUAUGGGAAAGAAAAUGCAAUUGUGGUUCUCAACCACACUUACGAAAUAGACUUCCUGUGUGGUUGGACUUUCUGUGAGAGAUUUGGAGUUUUAGGGAGCUCCAAAGUGUUGGCCAAAAAGGAGUUGGCCUAUGUGCCUGUUAUUGGUUGGAUGUGGUACUUCCUGGAGAUCGUUUUCUGCAAGAGGAAGUGGGAGGAGGACCAAAGGAUGAUAACUCGGUGUCUGCAAAACCUACGGGAUUAUCCAGAAAACUACUGGUUCCUGCUGUACUGUGAGGGAACGCGCUUCACGCCAAAGAAACAUCAGAUCAGCAUGCAGGUGGCUGAGAGCAAAGGCCUGCCCAAGCUGAAAUAUCACCUUUUGCCCCGGACCAAAGGCUUCUGGGUAACCGUCCAAAACCUCAGGGGAACAGUUGCGGCUGUUUAUGAUUCCACGCUGAACUUCAGAAACAAUGAAUCGCCCACUUUGCUUGGAAUUCUCAAUGGGAAGAAAUAUCAUGCAGAUUUAUACGUGAGGAGAAUUCCUCUAGAACAGAUCCCGGAGGAUGAGGAAGAGUGCGCUGCUUGGCUCCACAAGCUUUACCAGGAAAAGGACAGCUUUCAGGAGCACUACACACAGACAGGGCGCUUCCCUUGUGCCACAGUGAGUCCUUCACGUCGGCCGUGGUCCCUCAUCAACUGGCUUUUCUGGUCCUGCUUGCUCCUCUACCCUCUGGGCGUGCUACUCACUCAACUCGUCAGCACAGGAUCGCUCUUUACCGUCGUAGUUGCUGUGGCUGUCUGCUAUGCAGCUUCCCUGGGAGUUCGCUGGAUGAUUGGCCAGACUGAGAUUGACAGAGCCUCAAACUAUGGGAGUAAGGAGCGUCCUCAAAACAACAACUAAGAAUCCGUGGCCCACUCAUAGCUGCUUUUAGGCACCUAAUCUGAAAUCUUCCAGCCGCAUAAUUUGUCUGUACCAGUGGGACUGUCUGUACCAGUCGGUCCAGCAAGUGCAGACGUGCUCCAGAGCGCAGUGCAGGCCGGGUAGCUUCGUCGUAAGGCUACGCUGCAGAAGCUAAAAAUCUAAGACCAUCAGACUGGACUGUGGUGAGCAGCCUGCUAAAGGAAAGAGAGGCAAGGUGGCUUUAAUGCUUUUUCCUCUGUGCAGAGGCUAAAAAAAAAACUGAAAUGACAUUAAAUGAACGCGAACUACCUCUUACAUUGCAAUGUCAAGCAUAAUAAAUAAAUUUUUCACUUUUUUGAAAACAUA